AUGGGCUUUCCAGCCGUUCCAGCCGAAAAUACUUUCCUGAACUUGGGGCUCAAUGGUAAACCGGCCUUCUUUGGCUGCGACGCGGCUAACCUAUCGUCACCGUCCCCGCUGGUUGUGUACUUGCCCAACUCACCUUAUGUUCUCGCAUCAAAUAUCUCCACAUUGACCUCUCUUACCUUUACCACCGGUGAGCGUGACGCUUUGGCUCAAAACGGCUGGGCCCUCGCUACGCAGCUUAAUUCGACUCUCGAUGGCGACUGGCCUGUUUGCGUUGGCUGUGCCCUGCUCGCACGCAGUUUUGGGCGUACAGAGACGCCGCUCCCCGGUAAGUGCCAGCAGUGCUUUGAUAGGUACUGCUGGGACGGAACCGUUCACGAUACAAACCCUCCGUCAUAUACUCCUGUCAAGCUGGUAAAAUACCGCUACACCAUGCAAAAUGAGGGCACCCCCGAUAGAGGUGUUACUAACGCGUAUUAUAGGCCCUUUCUUGUCCUGACAACUCCCGAGUUGCUGGGUACGCUUAUUGAGGUAUAG